AUGACUCCACAAACAUCUAGCAUCACAGAACCCAAAAGACAAGAGUUAGAUGCGUUCAUUAGGGGCCGAAUUAUAGGUCAAUGGGAAAAGGACGCUACAUAUAGAGAAAUCUCUAAAGCUCUUGAUAUUCCGAAGAGCACUGUUGGAAAUGUAGUGAAAGUCUUCCGAGAUAAAGGUGUUUCCAAGCCCUUGACCCGUCUAGUAAGGGAACCAAACGUUACAAAGAGAACACAAUCUGCCAUGGUGCGCUUAUUUCAUAGCGAACUAUUCUUGUCAAUUGCGGCUCAGCAUCAGAGAUUAGUCGAUGCGAAAAUCUCCAUCUGCAUGACCAUAUUCCAUAAGAACAUGGAACUUCUUGGCUUCAAUUCUCAUUUAGCAGCUCCCAAGUCAGGGUUUAUCGAAAAACAUAAGAAAACCAGGCUGAAAUGGUGCCUUUACAAAUAUUUCUAUGAACACUAUUUUCUCAGGGGUUUAUUCAGAGAGAGACAUAAAGAUUACGCCUUAGCCAUUACGCCUUAUGUCUUUGGGUGCCACAAGUUAAUCCCCAUGCUUUAA